AUGGCUCAGAUUCCGCCUCCCAAGUCAAAGCUUGACAUCCUGCCCAAGAUGCAGGCAAAGGGUCCCUUCUCCGUCCCUUCUCCUGGCGUGGAGGCCAAAGACGGCGAGACCGUGCCGCGUCGACUGCCCCAGGCCGUCCCCGACUUGAUCGCCAUCCCCGGCGGCAACAUCACCACCACCUACGAGCUCGUCAAGCAGAGUGCCGAGAAGUAUGGCAACGCCAGAUGCUUGGGCUCGCGCAAGCUGGUCAACACCCACCGCGAGACAAAAAAGGUCAAGAAGAUGGUCGAUGGCGAGGAGCGCGAGGUCGACAAGCAGUGGACCUACUUCGAGCUGAGCCCUUACGAGUACAUCACUUUCCAUGAGUACGAGCGCCUUACCCUCCAGCUCGGUGCUGGUCUGCGCAAGCUGGGCAUGGUCAAGGCUGAUCGCGUGCACCUCUACGCCGCCACGAGCUCCCACUGGUUGGCAAUGUCCCACGCUGCUGCCUCGCAGUCCAUGCCCGUCGUGACGGCCUACGACACGCUCGGCGAGCAGGGUCUGAAGUACUCCAUGGUUGCGACCUCCGCCAAGGCCAUCUUCCUCGACCCUCACCUGUUGCCGACUCUUGUCAACGUCCUCCAGGAGGCUAAGGACAUCCGCUACGUCAUCUGGAACAACCAGAACCAGAUCCAGCAGACGCACGUGGAGCAGCUCAAUGCCGUUGUGCAGCCUUUCAUUGGCCCCGGCGAUGGCCUCCUGACCUACCUCCCGCUCGCCCACAUUCUCGAAUUCGUCUUUGAGAACGCCUGCAUCUACUGGGGUACAACCAUGGGAUACGGCAACCCCAAGACCCUGUCUGACAACUCGGUUCGCAACUGCGCUGGCGAUAUCAGAGAAUUCAAGCCCUCUGUCAUGGUCGGUGUUCCCGCGGUCUGGGAGACGGUGAAGAAGGGUAUUAUCGCCAAGGUCAAUGCUGGGAGCUCUCUUGUGAAGACUUUGUUCUGGAAUGCUCUGUCUGCCAAGACGCACAUGAUGAACGCUGGUAUCCCCGGUUCUGGAGUGCUCGAUUCUGUCGUCUUCAAGAAGCUCAAGGAGGCGACUGGUGGACGUCUCAAGCUCUGCAUGAACGGAGGUGGUCCCAUUGCCAAGGAAACCCAGCAGUUCAUUUCGAUGGCCAUCGCCCCCAUGAUCAUUGGCUAUGGUCUUACCGAGACUACGGCCAUGGGCUGUCUGAUGAAUCCCCUGGAGUUCAAUGUCAAUAACAUGGGUGCCAUGCCGGCAUCCAUCGAAGUCAAGCUGGUGGACUUCGCCGAGGCCGGCUACUACGCCACUAACAAGCCUAACCCUCAGGGCGAGGAGACGAAGGAGGCCCUCACUGAGGAUGGCUGGUUUAAGACCGGCGACAUUGGCGAGUUCGACAGCAAUGGCCACCUCAAGCUCAUUGACAGGAAGAAGAACUUGGUCAAGACGCUCAACGGCGAGUACAUUGCUCUCGAGAAGCUCGAGUCCAUCUACCGUGCUGCUGCCGUGGUUGCCAACAUCUGCGUCUAUGCCGAUGCCAACAAGGCUAAGCCUAUUGCCAUCAUCGUUCCCGCCGAGCCGGCUUUGAUCAAACUGGCGGAGAGCAUUGGUGUGAAGGGCAACAACCUCGAGGAGCUUGUGCACGACAAAAAGCUGCAGGGCGCCGUUCUUAAAGAACUGCAGAACGCCGGCCGAACAGGUGGCCUCUCUGGCAUUGAGAUCAUCGAGGGUGUUGUCAUGUCCGACGAGGAAUGGACCCCGCAGAAUGACCUGGUUACGGCGGCGCAAAAGCUUCAGCGCAAGAAGAUCUUGGAAAAGUACAAGGACGAGGUUGCCAAGGCCUACGGCUCGUCCUAA